AAACAAACGGAUCGGACAGCGGCUCUUGCGUGUUAUGCGUACGCGCGUUCGCGGAUGUGAGUGGUGCUGGUGCCCGUGGAGAAAAGUGAUUGCGACAUCCUCCAUCGGUCCUGAGAUCUCUGACGAGGGGGUAAUUCUCCGAAGAAAGUGCGACUUGGCGAAGGAAGCGCGAGCGAAGGUGCUGUCGACGCCGAGUGAUGACACCCCGAUACGCGUCUUGGAGCUUCCGACUAGACGCCGCGUCUCGGACGAAAGACUGCUUGGACAUUAUCGAGGAAGCAGGAUCGUCAAUAUGGUGAGGAAUGCACACUGAUCGCUGUCGAGAUUCUCGAUCAACUCGUGGAUCUUGAAUUGGCGCGCGUUCGGUACAGUCGAUGGAGUCGUCUGGUGUGACGAGCCACCGGUAGUGCCGUGGUGCCAAUCUUCCAGCAGUCGGCUGAUAUAUAUCGCGUACGUACGUGCGUGCGUGUGGUGCGUUCUCUCUGUCUCGUACGCCCACGAAGUGUCCCGAGCGGCUACGGGAGGGUCAAGCGAACGCCGACGCCGACGCCGACGCCGACGCCGACGCCGACAAACGUUGAAUACGAGCAACGUCGAGAGAGAAAGAGAGAGAGAGAGAAAGAAAGAAAGAAAAAAAAAGGGACAUCUUCGAACGACCGUCGUCGAACUUGUGGUCGCAUUGACUCUCGAGCCCUCCGUUCGUGCAUACGUUCGCGAGAGAGUCGAAGAGCAGCAGGCUGUCGGCGCGCGAGAGCUCGUCGUAUCGACAGCGAAGAGAUGCGACCCCUUUUACUCUGAAUUCGCGGAGAAGGCUAGAGAGUCGUUUUUCCCAUCGGGCGGGAACAAGUCUUUCAUUCUCUGCCGGUGUGACGAUGAAGUCCUCGGCCGCGUGUUACGCGCGCAGAUUUGGCGGCGUGACGUUUGACGAGAACGAAUCGAGCAUUGUUGCACCUUUUCUUUCGGAGGCUAAUUCUACCACCUGCCACUGCCAUUGUCCGUGUGAUGCGUUCGAGAGAGACGACGGCGCGUCGUCUCUGUCGACGGCGUGCGAUCUUUGCGAGCGUCUUCGUGGUCAAACGGGCAGAUGCUACGAUUCGGUGGACCGGGUGGACCGGGUGGACGCCACCGAAUGGACGGGGGACAGUCACGCGGCUGAUCGAUCAUCGAGACGGAAAAGCGAUGAGAACGAUUUGUCGGUGAACGACUCGCGAGUGACCGUUGAAAAACGCGACAGAACUUUGAAGUGCGAUAGAACUCCGCUCCGCGAAUCUUCCGCGAGAUGUGCUUCGAGCGUAGUGCGGUGGAUCUUCGCGGCCAGAUUCUACGCCGAUUUCAAAUCGAUUGAAUGGCGAAGGUUUCUCUGGAUCGUUCUCUUCAUAUUCGCGAUAUGCAACCUCGCAGCAGCGAACAACAUCGCCAUCGGCCCUAGCAGAAACAAAGUGUGCCAAAGUAUAGACAUAAGAAAUAACGUGAACGAGUUCUCAAAACUAAAGGGAUGCCAAGUGGUCGAAGGCUUCGUACAAAUUAGCUUGAUCGAUCGAGCGGAGCCAUUGGACUACGCCAAUUUCAGCUUUCCCGAACUGGUCGAGAUCACUGAUUUCCUUCUUUUGUACAGGGUAAACGGACUGAAAACCAUCGGCCAGCUGUUUCCAAAUCUGGCGGUCAUUCGCGGUAAUUCUCUUAUUAUGAAUUACGCUCUCAUGGCAUUCGAGAUGAUGCAUCUUCAGGAAAUUGGUCUUCAUUCCCUGACAAACAUUCUACGUGGAUCUGUGCAUUUCGAAAAGAACCCGAUGCUCUGCUUUGUCGACACGAUCGACUGGGAUAUCAUCGCCAAAGCUGGAAAUGGAGAGCACUUUAUAAAGGACAAUAAGCCAUCAAACGGUUGUCCGAUGUGCCCUAGAAAAUGCCCAACAAGACAGACGAAACCCGAUCAGAAUUUGUGCUGGAAUGUACAACACUGCCAACGUAUAUGUGAUCGGAAGUGCGAGGAUAGAGCUUGCAACUCUACGGGACAAUGCUGCCAUCCAUUUUGUUUGGGCGGAUGCACGGGACCGACAGCCAACGAUUGUUCCGUUUGCAGAAACGUGGUAAUAAACGGCAAAGAGUGCAAAGACCGUUGUCCAAGAGGCAAAUACAAGUUUAUGAAUCGACGUUGCAUCGAAGAAUGGGAAUGCCGUCAGAUGCCAAAGUCGAUGUACAAGAAUGAAGAUGAGAUGAUAAAGCAGCACCCGUACAAGCCGUUUAACGAUAGCUGCGUGAUCGAGUGUCCUGCAGGUUACAUGGAAAGUGAGGAUCAUGGCAACGUGUCCUGCCAAAAGUGCGAAGGUCGACAGUGCUUGAGAGAAUGCUCUGCUGCGAAAGUGAUGAGUAUCGAAACGGCACAAAAAUUGCGUGGAUGCACACACCUCACGGGUAGCCUUGAGAUAGAGAUACGCGGUGGCAAAAACAUUGUAAAGGAACUCGAGGACAAUCUAGGCAUGAUCGAGGAGAUAGACGGUUCCUUGAGAAUUGUUCGCAGCUUUCCGCUAAUAUCCCUCAAUUUUCUAAAGAAUCUGCGCGUGAUACGCGGUAACGAUUCCGAGAGCAAGUACAGUCUCUCCGUCCUCGAUAAUCAGAACCUUCAGGAACUCUGGGAUUGGAACACGCACAAGAACAUCACUAUUUUGGCCAAAACAGGACCUGCUAGACUCUUUUUUCAUUUCAAUCCGAAAUUGUGUCUGCACGAGAUUGAAAAGUUGCGAUUGAAGGCCAACUUGGAAGAAUUCACCGAUCACGACGUGGCGUCUAAUAGCAACGGAGACAAAAUCGCAUGUAACGUCACCGAGCUGGAGACUCGGGUCACUUGGAGGACACCUGUGGGAGCUAUUAUUAAAUGGACGGCCUUUAAGCAUCACGAUAUCCGGUCUCUUUUGGGUUACGUUGUUUACUUUAUCGAAGCGCCUAAUCAGAACAUAACGAUGUACGAUGGCCGCGAUGCUUGUGGCGGUGAUGGUUGGCGAGUGGAGGAUGUUUCCGCUGACAGUACGACGCUGUUUGCCAAUCAGACACAGAAUAGCACUCAUACGGACUUACAAGAGCACCUUCAUAUACUGACUCAGCUGAAGCCGUAUACUCAAUAUGCUUACUAUGUUAAGACUUACACCAUAGCCACGGAAAGAUCAGGCGCGCAGAGUAAAAUCACGUACUUUACGACAAAGCCGGAUGCGCCUGGUUCGCCCAGAGCUUUAUCGACUUGGAGUAAUUCUAGCAACGAGUUGGUUAUAUCCUGGUUUCCGCCGGUUAAAAAAAAUGGAAAUUUGACGCAUUAUCGAAUUGUUGGCCGUUGGGAACCCGAUGAUCAGAGUUUUAUCGACCAAAGGAAUUAUUGUGACGAACCUAUGCCAUUGCUUGAGACAAAAUCACCGGAGGAAGUCGUAGCAGAGGAAGAAAAGAAGUAUUUCGAGUUAGAGAAAGAGUUUUCGAAAACCGAUUCGUGCCUCUGUUCAGAUCGAGAAGUGACGGAUCAAUCGAUGCUUGAAAAAGAAGUUUCCAGUUCGAUCGCCUUCGAGAACGCGUUACACAAUCAGGUUUAUAUAAAACGAGCGCAGUCGCGUAGAAGACGCCACACUGAUAGUGAAAUGUUAAUCGCGGCGCAAUUAGCCAAAGAGCCCACGUUCAAAAAAGUUCAGAAUUGGGAAAGCAUUAGCGAUAAAAUGGAGAAUGGUUCGGUGUUAGUAUUCGAACGAAUAAUACCUAGCACGAAUCUUACUUUUGUCAUGAGAAAUCUCCGGCAUUUUACUGCAUACAAUAUUGAGGUUCAAGCUUGCCGAGAGCUAGAUGCGAGUGAAUUGAAUGAUACAAAGAGUAAAAAUUGUUCGAUGAAGAGUAUGAAAACGUAUCGUACGUUAGCCAUGGAAAACGCAGAUAAUAUUCCACCAAACACUUUUACAUUGACUAAAUCUGGCGAAAAUAACAGUCUCACUAUAAUUACGUUGUCUUGGGACGAACCGCCUCAACCCAACGGCCUAAUAGUCACGUAUCAGAUUGAGUAUAAAAGAAUUGAUAUACAAAAUAUACAAGCAACAGUGGUAUGUAUCACAAGACGCGACUUUGUCAAACUGGGCAACAGAUACACCUUGAAGGAACUUCCUGCCGGAAAUUAUUCUAUAAAAGUACGAGCUACCAGUUUAGCUGGAAAUGGCGCGUACACCGAAGUGAAAUACUUUUCUAUAGAGGAAUCUGAUACACUUAGUGAAUUUUGGAUUGUCAUCUGCUCGAUAAUUGGCGUUAUGACAAUAGUAAUCAUUUUUUUCAUAAGCUACGUAAUCAAAAAGAAAUCAAUGAGAAAUGUGCCCAGUAUGAGGCUUAUCGCAACAGUGAAUCCAGAAUAUGUGAGCACCAGUUACGUGCCGGACGAAUGGGAAGUACCCAGAAAAAAAAUUCAGUUAUUACGAGAAUUAGGGAAUGGUUCUUUCGGUAUGGUAUACGAGGGAUUGGCCAAAGACGUCGUAAAAGGCAAACCGGAAGUACGGUGCGCCGUAAAAACCGUAAAUGAAAAUGCAACCGACCGUGAACGAAUAGAAUUCCUUAACGAGGCUUCCGUCAUGAAGGCUUUUAACACUCAUCACGUUGUCAGACUACUGGGCGUAGUGUCGCAGGGUCAACCUACAUUGGUAGUUAUGGAAUUAAUGGUGAACGGUGAUUUAAAAACGUAUUUGAGAAGUCAUCGACCAGACGUGUGCGAGAACUCCAAACAACCUCCAACAUUAAGAGAAAUCCUACAAAUGGCGGUCGAAAUUGCGGACGGCAUGUCUUACCUUUCUGCAAAGAAAUUUGUCCAUAGAGACUUAGCUGCUCGCAAUUGUAUGGUAGCUGAGGAUCUCACUGUAAAGAUCGGUGACUUUGGCAUGACGAGAGACAUAUACGAAACUGAUUACUAUCGAAAAGGAUCUAAGGGGCUACUACCAGUCAGAUGGAUGGCACCAGAAAGUUUGAAGGAUGGCGUAUUUACCAGUUUCUCUGACGUUUGGAGUUACGGAGUUGUUCUGUGGGAAAUGGUAACGCUCGCUUCGCAGCCAUAUCAAGGCUUGUCGAAUGACCAGGUAUUACGUUACGUAAUUGAAGGAGGAGUUAUGGAACGACCAGAAAAUUGUCCUGACUCACUGUACAAUUUAAUGAGACGUACCUGGAAUCACAGAGCCACGAGAAGACCUACCUUUAUAGACAUCGAGACUCUGUUAUUGCAAGAAGUUAGUAUAGAGGGUUUCGAGAAUGUUAGCUUUUAUCAUAGUCCGGAAGGUAUCGAAGCUCGAAAUCAAAAUAAUUCGCAUUCGCCACAAAAUGACCAGGAUCUAGAAAUGGUUGCUUUACAAGAUUUACGGGAGGAAGAAAUAGAAGGAGAAGAAGAUUCGCCGCUGCGUCAAGACUUUGGCGACUUUGCAAGUUUUGAGCCUCGCAGUAUUAAAAAUAACUUAAGUCCACAAUACGAAGUAGAUUCGUUCGGCGAAACCUCAAAAGCUACUUCUAAUUUCCAUGACAUGAACUCUACAAAAGUACCCAAAGCUGGAUUUGAUGAAUUCGGCGGUAUUUCCGGGGAUUCGCUCGUAUCUAGUAAGGACACGUUAAACUCGCCUUUUGUAGGCAGCCUUAAAUCGGUCAGCUCGCCUUUUAUUUAUAAGAAAAGUACUUCUCGCGGUAACGUGAGUCAAAGUUCUCUAGGGAAGUCUGCAAGUCCACAGAGUUUGGUUAAGCGAAAUUUUCUCGACAGCCCAAAUCCGUCUAAGCUUCGAGACGAUCCCGAUUACGAAAACAGGAGUCUUGAAAUCAUAUCGGGUAUCGAAAAGAAGGAGAUAAUUUCGUUACACGUAGAAUUUCCAUCGGUAGAUGUCAUGGACAUUCAGAUUAACGGUAAUAAAACGGAAAAUAACAAAAAGCACACGGGCGAUUACAUGAACAAAUCGGAAACGUUGAAUAACGGUUACAUCGGUAGUACGACCACGUAGCUUCGCUGUACGAAAUUUUAUCACUUGGAGUGAAUCGAAUAUGAGUAUUCCAACAAAAAAAAGGCAGUGUCUGUGCCAAAUUUUUCCGAGCGUCCUGGAUUAUCGUUUUGAAUGGAUUACAUCGAGCAGCAUUUUUUUUGUACAUGAAAAGGAUGUUAGUAUGUUCUAGCUAACAUACAAGUUAUACUCAUAAGUCUAUAUUUUAAACGUCUAGACGUGACUAAGAGUAAACAGGUCCUAACAAACAAGUGGAGUUUCCUUAUACGGGUGUUACCAUGUCUUAAUUCCGUCUCUCUAAAUGUAAUUAAUAUCGCUACGCGUGUACAGUUAAUUAUAUAUUUGUUGCGCUGCGAUGCAUGUUGAAAAUAAGCAGCGAAUAUAUUUAUAUCAGAUACUGUCUUUUUGAAGUUGUAGUAUAUAUUAAUACGGAGAGUUUACUCUAUGCUAAAAACGCCAUUAUCGUGGAGUUAUUACAGACGAUUGCGAUUCAAGUCAGAAUCCUCUCCUCUUGAAAUUUGGCCCUACAUUGUGAGAAACGUGCAGCCGUCUCAUCAGCAGUGCACAUUAUCCAUUGACAAGCAUGUAGUAACUUCUCUCUACAUUAAUUACCUAGCGUGUAAGCGUGGAUCAAAGAAUUAAGCAGGUUUAUUAUUUAUAUCCAUAGAUUUUCAUUUUCAGUCGCAAAAUGCGCUGUUUUUGCGCAAUUUCUGCUGUAAUUAUACAUUGUAUAGUAUUGGUUUAUUUUUUUUCUGAGUUUAUAAUAAAUCUAAUAAAAAACCAAA